CCUCAUAGAGAUAGAGCGUGUUUGGGUUACGAUACGAGCUGCCAGUUUUUACAUUACAUACACACACAUAUCACAGGCGAUUGUUUUUGCAGCUAGAAAGUUAAAAUCGUCGCGUUCGGAUCCAGACGGUUCACCAUACUCUAGUCAUACGGCACGGUAGCUUAUUAAGUUAACAUUUUCGCCUGGUUCUGUGAUAAUUUCCGAUUGACUGAGCCCGACGUGUGCAGUGUUCGUCCAGUACAGUUAUCGUUAUGAAAAAGUGUAGAUAACCGCAUCGGUAUAGAUAUGGAACAGCCUGUCGUGUCCGACAAAGACAUCCCCCAAUGGAAGAAAGACCUGAUCGCCCGCCUGAGGAGCCAAAACAGAACCGCUGCCGCUGCGGCAAUCAGCAAUUCGAACUCGUCCCCGAAUCGGCAGUCAACCUCAACCGGUGCAUCCGCUAACGCGCUGGUACGGCCGGCAGUACCGUCGGAACCGCUCGCGUCGCAUAAUGGCACUAACGGCGUGAAGAUGGUGCAGGAACGCGUUUGGGCCACCGAGAGUGUCGGCUAUCGGAAAGCCGACAGCGAUUCCGACUCUGAAGACCUCCACUAUGGCCCCGGGAUCGUGAAGAAGCUCAAGAACAAGUAUUUGAGCUUGGCGCUACGCGAAAGUAACGCUCGACCGACUAUUUUGCAUAUGCGGAAAGCCACAUCGUUGGAACAUCUGCUGGACGAGGAGCCUUCUAAUGAAAAACACGUUCAAACCAGGCAAGAGACUCGGAGGAAUGCCCCGAAUCGAUACAGGAACGCUUCUAGGGGUGAAAUGAAACGGGCUAGGUCCGUUGAAACGAUAUCCAGGACACCAAACAAUCACAUUCCUGCCAACAGUAUUUUGAACCGGCAAUUGCUUCAUGAGGAGAUUGCACUUAAAGAAAACGGCGAAUAUCCCAUCAAGUCUCAAGAAAACAUCACAAGUAGAAUAAACAGACCAAAGAGGAUACAGCCCCUCUUGAGUGAGAAAGAAAAACCUCCUGUAGAUAAAGUAAAGCAAGCGAAGAUGAUCUUCGAAAGGAGGCCAGAGCAAAGAACAAGAGCUCCUCCGCAGACUGGGGAGGUGCAAGCAAAGGUGGAAUGUUUCAAUAAUAGGAUUGUGAAGGCCAAAGUAGAGGCCAAGGUGGCUAAGAAACCACCUAUUAAACAUACCAAGCCAGUACUUACCGAUAAAGUGAAAUGUAAUGCUCAAAAAUGUCCCAAGAGCUUGGCAGUGGACACCAUUCCAGCUAAAAGGGAGCUCACUGAAUCACUGCCUAGUCCUAUACCAGACGUUUCUAGAAUAGACUUCCAGAACGGCCAAUGCGGCGACAAGAAAAACAGCACUCUCUCUGAAACGCCCGAUCUCAUCUUAACAUCUAGUCCGAUGGCCAUGCUCACCUCCCCUACCUAUAAAGCCAACUCCACGGAGCAUUUCCUCAAAGAGGAGAUCCGUAAUUGUUCUCCUCUCCUCAAUAGCGAUCAUCAUCAACAGCAUUCGCCCAAACAUUUCCACAGCCCCCUGUUGAGCCCCGUCAAGGGGAACAUGUCGCCUACAAGUCCUAAGAGCAGCUCUAGAAUAUUGAGCUAUGAAGAGGAGGAUGGUCGGAGAAAAGUGCAGAAUGGGGGGCCUCAUGUUAAUACGGCGAAUACCACGUCCAUAUUCAACUUCACCAACAAACCCUCUGCGACUUUGAACAGUAACAUCUGCGAAGAAAAAACACCACCCUCAGUCCCAUUGCAAAUCGACGUGAACGGCUCUUCCACAGUCGUACCCACCAAGAAACGCCCACACAUAUCUCCACCACGUUUCUCCCCUCCCCCGCCUCCUAAACUGGCGCCUGAAACCCCUGCGCAGGUCGCCGAGAAGAACCUGCGCAACCUGCAGCAAAACGGAGCCGCCGAAGUGGUUAACCGAAACGUGGUGGUGGUCACCAAGAGGACCUCAACGGGGACGGCGUCCACCAGGUGCCACCAGGAGUCGACAACGGCGGUGUUCAAUUUCACAAACAGAAAAGAUGUGCCGGAUUAUAUCGCUAACGAUCGGUCGAGGUCGCCGAGCAAACCCGAGCUCCCGAAGGUGAGUGUUUUCGAGUUUAUGACUUAUUUAGUAUGAAGGAUAUUUGAACGGAAGCAGACAUGCAAAGAUUUAGGUCCUGGUACAUCC